UCAUACAGAAAACCCUGAGUUUGCAGAGCCUGCAAAAACAUUUUGACCAUGGAAGGACAUAGACUCUCAUCCUACGGAAGACGCUUCGGCUCACAAACCACCUCUGUCCACCAUGGCUUGAGGUUCUUGCCAGGCCGCAGAUACUUUCCUCCAUCUCCCACUACCCAGUUCUCUGUCACUAAGCUGAAGACAGCCAGGCUAAGUUUCCAUUCUGGCCCCAAGUUCUCUGACAAGGUGGAUUUUUCUUUGGCGGAUGCUCUCAACAGUGAAUUCAAAGAGACCCGCACUAAUGAGAAGGUGGAAAUGAUGGAGCUGAACGACCGUUUUGCCAGCUACAUUGAAAAAGUUCGCUUCUUGGAGCAACAGAACAAAGUUCUUGUUGCUGAGCUCAAUCAACUUCGAGACAAAGAGCCCAAUAAAUUGGCUGACAUUUACCAGGAAGAGAUGAGGGAGCUACGUCAUGAAGUAGACCAACUCUCCAACUCUAAAGCCCGGCUGGAGAUUGAGAAAGACAACUUGCUGGAGGAUCUCAACAAUCUCAGGCAAAAAUUACAGGAUGAGAUUAAUCUGCGCCUUGAAGCUGAAAGCAAUUUGUCUUCCUACCGACAGUUUGCAGAUUUGAGUGAUGCCGCAGCACGAAACAUUGAGGCACUGCGUCUAGCCAAGCAGGAAGCUAAUGAGUACCGCCGGCAACUGCAGGCCCUCACUUGUGAUCUGGAGUCUUUUAAAGGAUCGAAUGAAUCUUUGGAGAGACAACUGAGAGAGAUGGAAGACCGCUAUACUCUUGAGACUACCAACUAUCAUGACACAGUGAUUCGGUUGGAAGAAGACAGUCGGAACUUAAAAGAGGAAAUGGCUCGUCAUCUCCAGGAAUACCAAGAGCUCCUCAAUGUCAAGCUGGCAUUAGAUAUUGAGAUUGCUACUUACCGCAAACUCUUGGAGGGAGAAGAGGGCAGGAUUACUAUCCCAGUACAGACUUUUUCCAACCUUCAGAUCCGAGAAACCAGCCUUGACACAAAGUCAGUUUCUGAGGCUCGUCUGAAGAGGAGCAUUGUGAUCAGAACAGUGGAAGCUAGAGAUGGAGAGGUGAUCAAGGAGUCCACCCAAGAACAGAAGGAAGUGGCAUGAAGUAAGAACCAGUACAUGGAAGAAUUUUUCUAGCUUAGGAUGCUAAGAGAGCUUUGCAUCCUUCUAGUCUUCAACCUUGGCACAGAAACAGUUUUGGAUCUGCAGCAACCAUUGAAAAUAAGAAAUAUGCAAAUUUAAUCACCAUGCCAGAAAAUAACCAAAUAACUCAGUAGCUGGUGCUUCAGCUGACUAUAAUGGCUUUUUUGAGUUUAUUUUUAUCUUCAAUAUUUCUCUUGCAGUGCCCUUUGGAGUACCCCAAAUAGCACAGUAUUUAGACCUGGCUAUACCGGUCAUCCUCAACUUACAACAGUUCACUUAGUGACCGUUCAAAGUUACAACGGCGCUAAAAAGUGAGAUUUAACUG